CCCUGUAUCCCCCCAGCUCCUGAGUCCUGACUCCGGCUACACUUGCCCCAGUCAUGCUCCGCUGUCUGCUGCUUACGCUCUUCCUGGCCGCCCCCUCCCUGCAGAAGGAGCGGGACUUUUACUCAAACCGGGUUGUGAACAUCAGAGGGAAGCUGGUGUCCCUGGAGAAAUACCGGGGCUCGGUGACCCUCGCUGUCAACGUGGCCAGUGAAUGUGGAUACACUGAUGCCCAUUACAAGGCAUUGCAACAGCUGCAGCGAGAUCUGGGUCCGUACCACUUCAAUGUCCUGGCGUUUCCCUGCAAUCAGUUUGGGCAGCAGGAACCUGGCAGUGAUCGGGAGAUUGAGAGCUUUGUUAGGAAGAGAUACAAUGUGUCUUUCCCAAUGUUUAGCAAAAUCGCUGUGAGUGGCACUGGAGUCAACUCAGCCUUCAAGUAUCUGAUAGAAUCUUCUGGGAAUGAACCAGACUGGAAUUUCUGGAAAUAUCUGGUAGAUCCUGAUGGUAAAGUGGUGAAUUCAUGGGGUCCUGCGGUGUCUGUAGAAGAGGUGAAACCUCACAUUGUAGAACUUGUGCGCAAAUUAAUUCUGAAGAAAAAAGAGGAGUUGUGAAACCAAGUUCAAAGCUGGAUCGUCAUGCUCUAAGGGAGAAGGACUUAUGUACAAGAUGCCAAAUGCUAAAAAGAGGAUAUAAUGCUAUCCAAUCAGAACACUCAAUUUCCUCCCUCAAAGAACUUUUACCUGUGAAAAGCACUGAUUGGCUAAUGUUACACCUGUCUCAUCGUAAUAAAUUAUAAUGUCAUGCUGCAUCAAUCAAAGCAACUGACAGCAGCUAAGAACCACUUAUUCCACUUAGAAUGACCAACCCAUUCCUAAUGCAUUUAUUCAUCGUAAUGUAUUUGGGCCCCUGACUUUGUAUAAUGAGAUUAUCAUUCCAUCUACACCCACCGUUAGCAAAUUCCCCUGUACACACACAAUAUUUUCCAAACUUUUUUACAUUGUAAAAGCAGUAAUUGAUUUUUUUUUUAAAUAUAUGUUAUAUCCAAAAAAUGACCAAUUUCAUUUCCAUGAUAUUUCAAACAAAUUAUAAUUUCUUACAUUCAGUAAUUAUUCUCCCUAUAACCCUUGACUGCUUCCCAUAACCAAUGAUCUGGUUUUAUGACCAGUGCCAAAUUCUCAUUGUGUUUUCAGCCAACUAGUCACAUGUUGUUGUCAUGGCCGCAGUAUGGACUAAAGCAAAGGAGCUAUGUUUCAGCUAUGGAAACCUAAAAAAAAUAGAAGAACAUCUGAUGAUAUUAGAAGUAUAUUGGAACGUUUUUGAAAGGAUAUUAACAGCCUGUUUCAUUGUAAUAAAAAUAACUAAGCAGUGGGUUAUACUUACUAGAAAUCAUUGAAAUGUGUAUCAUUCAUCAUUUUAAAAGGAUUUUACAUUUUG